AUGGACUCCAACUGCACCUUGCGCAGUUCGAUGGUCGACAAGGGGUUUGUGCUGUCACUACCACGACUGGAGAAUCCCUUUACCUCCGACAAUUCGUACCAGCGUAUCGUCAAGGCGUAUCUCCCGCCUGGUGUUUUUGAAAUUGUCAAACCUCGUCUGACUCGAUUUGCGGAGGAAGCGGUAUCCGAUGAAAUCAAUGAAUGGAUCUCCAACGCCGAAAAACAGCAACCGUACGUAAAGACGAGCGAUGUCUGGGGCAAACGGUUCCCGUACGAUCGUUUGAUCACAAGCCAUGGAUGGAAGGAAUUAGGUAGAUGGGGUGCUAAGAAUGGGGUCAUAUCACUGGGGUAUGAGGACGAGUUCCAAGAAUACCGAAGGAUUGUGCAGCACGCUUUUAAUUAUACAUAUUCAGCAUCCUCGGCUGUGUUCUCGUGUCCUGUCUCGAUGACAAGUGGUGCCGCACGGCUUGUGGCCAAACAGCUACCCUCUGUGCCCCCAAACCACCCCUUUCACGAAGUUUAUCGACUCCUCAUAAGUCGCCAGAACAAUUGGAUAUCAAGCCAGUGGAUGACCGAGAGACCAGGUGGUAGCGACCUCCAGAACUCCGAAACAGUAGCCAUCUACGCUCCUUUGCCUCAAAAGACUGGCCCUCAUGGAACGAUUGAGGAAGGUGACUACCUUGUCUCUGGCUUCAAGUUUUUCUCGUCUGCCACGGACUGCAAUAUGGCUCUUAUAUUGGCGAAAACUGACUCAGGGCAACUAAGCCUGUUUGUUGCACCAGUUCGGAAGACUUUGAUCAUCGAUGGCAGGCAACAGCAGGUCACAAAUGGGAUCCGAAUCCAUCGACUAAAAAAUAAAAUGGGAACCAAGGAGCUUCCUACGGCUGAAAUUGAGCUUCACAAUGUGAGAGCCUGGCUAAUCGGUCCCCUUGACCGUGGAAUUGCUACUAUUGCACUGCUUUUGAAUGUUACCAGGACUCACAACUUCAUCACUGCAUUGUCAUGCUGGCGACGUGGAAUGGCCAUCGCCAAAUCGUUUGCUAAGGCGAGGACUACAAUCAACCAGCCUCUAUGGAUGUUUCCUAUGCAUCUUCAUCUGCUGGCAAAUAUGGAAGUCAAACAUCGAGGAGCUCUUCAAUUGGCAUUCUUCACCACUGCAGUGCUCAGCUUUGCUGAUUAUGGAUUCCCUCCUGAUAAUGUCCGAAGAAACCGUUAUGUUCCACUUCCAGCUCCAGGCAAGCAGACCGAGGUUGUUUUGCGCACGCUGACGGCAACCGCAAAAGCUGUGAUAUGUAAAACAGCAACUCUAUCACUACAAGAAUGCCAGGAAGCCAUGGGAGGAGUCGGCUAUAUGGACGAAGCAGACGAGCCUGAGACGAAUAUUAGUCGACUGAUGCGAGACACAGCCGCCAACAUGACCUGGGAAGGUACAACAAAUGUCUUAAGCAGCGAGGUAGUGCGACAUCUCAUGAAUAACGAUAUGAAUCACUUAGAAAUUUUCGGCGACUGGCUUAAAAGGGCAAUUGCAACAGUGCAGGAAAGACGUCUCAAAGAGACAUUGGAUCGUGCUUGGACCGAAUUCCGCCGCAUCAUGAUGAGCAAACGUCACGACUUAUCAUCGGCACUUGGGGUCGGUCGCCAACUCAUGUUCUCACUGGCCUGGAUUGUGGCGGGGGUUCUUCUCGUCCUUGAUGCAGAAAGAGAUAACAACCACAUUGCCAUGGAGAUUGCAAAGAGAUGGGUUCUGGAGGGUGAAGGGGGCAUAGGCGAGUUUCACCUCCGCAAUGUCGUCCGGGCUUCCGAGCCACGAGCACUCAUCAGCGAUAAGGAAAAAAGAAAUUGGGAUUGUCGAUUGGUCUGGGGCAUGGACUUACCAGAAAAUGCUUCUGUUGGAUACCGGAUCGUGGCUGGCGGCCCAAAAUUGUGA